AUGGAUGCAACAUGUUCAAUGUUUCAUUUGUUGAAUAAAUGUAAAAAUACAGUAGACAUUAUGUUUGAAUGUGCUUCAGAUAUUGUGAAAGAUAAUCAAAUUAUUUCAGAUUCAUUUCAAAUUCAAUUUGCUGUCUAUCGAAAUAAUGAUAGUGGAGAAAAAAAACUUCUUCAAAGUUCGUCUUGGGAGACAAAACCACAUAAUUUACGUGUUUUUAUGAAUACAAUUGAAGUUGAGGGAGGUUUGCUUAAUGAAGCUAUUGAAAUUGGUUUAUGGCAUGCUAAUAGAGAAAAUGAAAGAGAAAAUAUUACACAAGUUAUUUUAAUAGGUGACGCACCUCCAAAUACAAGAAAAGAAAUUCUUUCGGACAAAAUCACUGGAAGAAAACUAAAUUUGCGCAAGCAACAUAUUAUAAAGACGAAUUAG